AACACUAGCAUCACUUAGCUGCUGGGGAGUCGGACAAUCUGAGAUAAUAAAUAAAUAAAAAAUAAAAAAAGUAAAGAAUUCAGAGCUGUUCAUUUUCUGCAAUGAAUACGUCAGCUAAUGUCGAUUCGGAUACACAUUAAGAAGUUCUCCGAGGAGCGCAAGAUUACACUGUAAAUGUAUCAAGAACUUGGAACCAAGCAUGAAAAAGGCGACCAAGCCCACGGCCGCCGGCUCCAGAACCUCAGCGGGCACUAAAGCCCCGGUCAGAUCAGAGGGAAGCAACAUUAUGGGCACAGGUAGCAAGAUGGCAAACAAAACCCAGAGUUCAGCCCCACUAUCUAAGGCAAAGAGCAAUGAUGAUCUCCCAGCGGUGAGUGCAGGAAGUGGAGGAGUAUCCAUUAGCAACAGUAACACUACAGCCAGAAACAAGAGAGGAACCUCUAAUCAGAGCACCAGCAGCACAGAGACCAAGGCCAAGACCAGUUUAGGUCUAUCAGGAAGGCGUGGAAUGUCCUCUGCAGCCAAGGAUCCAGGCACGACCCGAGAGAAUUUGCAAGAAUGUUCCAGAGCCAGUGCUGCUAAAAAGCUUGCCGGACCCACUGAUGCCAUGUCUCAGAAGAAAUCUCGAUGCCGAACAGUAGGCGACUCUGAGUCUCGGAUGAGUAAAUCUCGCUCAGACAGCCAGAUUAGACAAAAAGCAGUUCUUGAGUGUAAAGUGAAGGACCUGCAAGGCUUAGCCAAGAUCAAAGACUUGGAGAUCCUGCACCUGCGCUCUGAACUUCGGGGUAUGAGAGCCCAGCUAGGUCUGGAAGACCUUGGGGCUCCUGAUCCAGAAGAAGGAUCUGAAGAAACCAAGCAACCACAGGAGAAGGAGGUUUCUCCUGUUAUCAGUGCUGCAGAUGUGGAGUCCACACUCCUCCUACUUCAAGACCAGAACCAGGGCAUUUGUGAUGAGCUCAACAUGUUGAAGAGUGAAAACCGCAUGUUAAAGGAUCGCCUAAAUGCUCUCGGCUUCUCACUUGAGCACCGACUUGACAGCCCUGACAAAGGCCUGUGCUGCCCUUCCCUUAGUCCUGAGCCUGUUGCAGGUGGUGGCCGCAUUAGCACCAGGGGGGGUCUCUGCGAAGGCGGAGGGGGUGGCAUGCGGACAUCUUCCACUGAAGGCUCUGCCCAAGGAUCUACUGAGGACUUAUUGUCAGAACCAAGACGUGUCGGCUCUCCGGAUGCAGUGGACAGUGAGUGCAGUGAGGUCUACCAGCCCAUCACAUCUAGUGAUGAUGCCCUAGAUGCACCCUCAGGUUGUGGGUCAUCUUCUGAAUCUGAAGGUGGGCCACCGAACAGGGAACAUUCACGCAGGGGUAGCAGUGGGAAAACCAGCGAGGUUUCGGUGGCUUGUCUGACUGAGCGCAUCCACCAGAUGGAGGAGAACCAACACAGCACAGCAGAAGAACUCCAGGCCACCAUACAGGAACUUGCUGACCUGCAACAGAUCACCCAAGAGUUGACUACAGAGAAUGAACGUUUGGGCGAAGAGCGUGCCAUUCUAGUUGACUCCCUUUGUCAGCAAGGCGAGCGUCUUGAACUGUAUGGAAGACAGCUGGACUAUUUCCAUGGCCUGCUUGAUGAGCACCGAGUGGCCUACACCAAGGAUGACGAAGAUGCCAAAAGUGUGCGAUACGUGGAGCUGGAAAGACGCUACGCAGAGCUCAACGAGGACUCACAUUUUGAGAGGGAGCAACUCUUGGGUGUCCAGCAACAGCUCAGCAGUGCGCUCAAGAUGGCAGAACAGGAGAACGCAGAAGCCCAAGGCCUGAUGGCAGCAUUGAAGGAAAGAGUCCAUAUGGCCGAGAGAGCUGUGGAAAUAGAGCGCCGGGAGUGCGCAGCCACCGCAGCAGAGAUGGAAGCUUUGAGGGUGGUGUCUGAAGGAGAGCAGGUGGAGCUAAACCGUUGCAGAUUCCAACUUGAGCAGGAGAGGCAGAGAGUGGCCCAGCUCCUCUCCAUUCACAAUGCAGGGGAUAAGAGUGACAUAAGGCACCUGCUGGACAGCGAGAGAUUAGACAAGGAGCGAGCAGAGGCCAAAGCAGUUCAGCUACAAGAUGAGCUGGGGCACACGCGCAGUGAAGCUGCCCAGUUGCAGGAAGCAAUUAGCAAGCUGGAGGGUGAGUUCUGGGCAUUCCGUGAGGACGUCCAGAUGCGGCUAGCUGAUCAGAAACGGCUUCUGGAGCAGCAGUGCUCUGAGCUGGAAAAGAAGGACACCGAGAUCGCAGACAUGAAGGAGACCAUCUUGGAGUUGGAAGAUGAGGUCGAGCAGCAUCGUGCUGUAAAGCUCCACGACAACCUCAUUAUAUCUGACCUAGAGAAUUCCAUCAAAAAGCUUCAUGAUCAGAAAUAUGACAUGGAGAAGGAAAUUAAGGUGCUUCACCGAAAAUUACGGGAGGAAUCGGCUGAGUGGCGGCAGUUCCAGGCUGAUCUGCAAACAGCUGUCAUCAUAGCCAACAACAUCAAGGCGGAGGCUCAGGAGGAGACUGGGGACCUGCGCCGGCGUCUACAGGAAGCUCAAGAGAAAAACGAGAAAAUAAGCAAAGAGUUGGAUGAACUAAAGAACAGAAAGCAGGAAGAGGAGCGUGGUCGUGUAUAUAAUUAUAUGAAUGCCGUGGAAAGAGACCUGGCUGCACUGAGGCAGGGAAUGGGCCUAAGCCGACGCUCCUCCACUUCUUCCGAGCCAUCGCCCACUGUCAAAACACUCAUUAAGAGCUUCGACAGCGCCUCACAAGGACCUGUUCCAGACAGUCCAGCUGCUGCUGUUGCUGCUGCGGCCACUAUCUCUAGAACCCCACUGAGUCCCAGCCCUAUCAAAACCCCUCCAGCUGCUGCGGUCUCUCCCAUGCAGAGACACACCAUCAACUCACCCAAACCUCUUUCCUCAAUGCUGGACAAGAGUCCGAGCUACACAGACCUGAGCAUACCAGACCACCUCCUCCGUACCUCAUCUGUGACGCGCUCUGGCUGUGGCCUCCAGAGGGUGGCAAACAAAGACUCGUCCAAGUCCAUAUCAGUUUCCCACAGAAGCAGUGAAGAAUUAAAGAGGGAUUUGUCGGUCAACGACGCAUCAGCACCCUCGUCUAUCAUCACGAUGGGCUCCUCCUCUCCCCAGCUGUCUUUAUCUUCAAACUCAUCCUCCCCAACUGCCUCUGUCACGCCCACGACACGAGGGCGUUUACGAGAAGAGAAGAAGGACCCUCUAUCAGCUUUAGCCAGAGAAUAUGGAGGAUCCAAGAGAAACGCUCUGCUCAGAUGGUGCCAGAAGAAGACCGAGGGUUAUCAGAAUAUUGACAUCACCAACUUCAGCAGCAGCUGGAAUGAUGGGCUCGCUUUCUGUGCGAUUCUUCACACCUACCUCCCGGCUCAUAUCCCUUACCACGAACUCAAGAGCCAGGACAAGAAGCGAAAUUUCACUUUGGCCUUCCAGGCAGCGGAAAGCGUGGGAAUUAAAUCCACACUGGACAUUGGUGAAAUGGUGCACACAGAAAGACCAGACUGGCAGAGUGUCAUGACCUAUGUGACAGCCAUUUAUAAGUAUUUUGAGACCUGAGGUCUUCUUGAACAGGGCUAUUUCAGCAGCUGCAGUCUUACCUCACUCACUUUUCUUUGCUGUGGGUGCUAAAACUACAUUUCCCAGAAGCCUCAGCUUUGCCAGCAACCUGUAUGAAGCGUUGUCAUCAGUAGUCAUGACAACUUGGCAACUUUUCUCAGAAUUGCUGCAGAAACUGGUCAGAAUCAACUAAGCUUCUCUGAUUGGCAGUACUUACAAGUGGUGUGGGAAGUUUUUGGGAUCAUGAAAGAUCUGCAAGCUCCCAUAGAAGACAGCUGUAUGUUCCCUGUCUAGCUUCACAGUGGACUACGACUUCCUUUAUAAAUGUUGCCAAACUCUAUUUUCAUGAUGAACUGUGGUAUAUUCCAUAGUGCCAUUCGAGCAACAAAAAUGUAUAUCUCAAAAUGGGUUUGCCUUUGAUAGAUGCUUUGUUUUGUCAUAAGGACACCUCUCUGUGGUGUGGCCGUAUUGAAUAAGAUUGGUCUUAGAUAAUAAGUAUUUAUUUAUUCCAAAGAGAGACGCCACAAUAGACUUUGCACACAAUAGACUUUGUGUGUUUUUCUUAGCCUCAAUGAGCUAUAUUUUGUCUUUUUAGUUCUACUCUUAUUUAUUUUAUUUUUUUCCUAGGCUUUUUGUUUUUGGUUUGUUUAUUUUUUAUUUUUUUAUUUUUUGGUGUUUUGUUUGACUAGGCUUUUUUGUUUUGAUCGUUUUUUUUUAUUAUUUAUUUAUUGUUUUUUUUUAAACUAGGUAUUUUUUUUGGUUUUGUUUUACUAGGCUUUUUUGUCAGUUUUUUGUUUUGUUUUGUUUCUUUUCUUUUUUUGUUUUGUUUUUUGUUUUUUUAAAUAGGACAGAGCUCCUUGCUGUUAAACAGUUUUGUUUUCAUACACUAAAUACACUACAAGCCAAUUAUUACUUUAAUACGUAAUCUACUGAAGCUACUUUGUUUUCAAGGAUUGACAGAAGUUCCUUGUCCUCUUGAUGGCCUUGUCCCAUUCGAGUCACUUAAAAUGCUGCAAGGACUUUUUUGUUUGAAAAAAUAAGCAAAGAAGAAAUGCAUGUCUGCUUAUUUUGUAUUUUACAGGAUGCAUUUCAGUGUUUCAGUCCUAUUUGUUUAAGCACUGUACUAAUCCUUAUUUGACACAUAGUGCCAGCUGGGUUAUGGAAGCUUGCUGAUUCAGAUUGGGUUUGUUUUACGGGUGUUAAAGCACAAAUAAAAAAGGCUGAAUGUGUACUCACUAAAAUGAAAUGUGAAACCUCAGACUACAAUCCAACCACACUUGACUCUUGGGUUAUGUUUCUAUCUACAUGCAUUGUUUUAGAUGUACGUCUAUAAGAUAAGCCUCUGCACACAUUAGAAACUUUCAACUGAAGCCUUGCGUGAAAACGGAAAAUGCCUAAAAAGAGCACAAUUUUUGUUAUCUGAAGUGCAAAGGUUAACUUGCUCUGGUGUCUUCAAUGCACUGCCUUCCAUUUUGUGUCUUUUUGCCAUAAGUUCAUUCUUGUAAAGAGAAUUCCAAACAUCCUUGAAAGGAUCAAGUGGGUUACAACAACAUGUAUGCUUAACAUGAUAGCAAUAAUUUGUGUUUAAAAUUAGAUUUAUGUGAACAGCAAAUAAUGUUUAAGAACUGUAAUUUAUUCCAUUUAUGCUGCAAAGAGCUCUGUUGUUUUAAAUGAUGUAUUUUGUUUGAGAAUGCUCUGUAGCACAUUGGUUUGUUUGUAUAUGGAAAUGUGAUAGACAUUGACAUUGAUUGAAUUUCCUACAAAAUGCCAAAAGUGAUAAAUGUUUUUUUGGUGGGGCUUUUCUAGGACCUUUUUGUGAGAUUUUGUGAGUUUUAAUCAUUUUGUUUUGCUACCUAAUCAUCGGAGUGACAACAGAGUUUGAUUUGAACCAAGUCAUGCCCUCAUCAUAUAGCUGUACGUUCCUUUACUGCUUACAGUGAUUCAUAUUUGUAUAAAUUCCUCAUCAACACUACAGAAUAAAUUUGUUUUACAUGAAAGGUACAGAGAACACUGUAUACAUAUUAAAAGGAGUAUUUUAUUUUAUUAUUUUUAUUCUUGUUUUUGUUUUGUUUUGCAAAAUAAUGUGCUUUGAUUGGGAAGAUGGUGAUUUUUUUAAUGAAUGUUUUGUGAAAGCAGUAUUUGUACAAAUUCAGUUUUAGAUUUUCAGUCAAGUCCCAAGUGUGUUGAUGCAUUUGUGAAUGCAGAUUGGAGUUUGUGUAAAUGGGUUUGUGAAAUUGUUUAUCGCCUCAUAAACAAGUUGUAACCCAAAAAUACCCUGAAACCACUCCUGGCCCCCAAUUACCAAUAAACAAUUAAUUUAAC